AACACUCACUGGAUCCGCCUGCGCGGCUCGGUUCUGCCUGCUAACGGGUCAGAACCACAGCUGGAAGUUUCCCUCUGACAGCUGAAUCUCUGCGGAUCGUCCCGGUUACGGAUCGACAGCAUCUGGGAGCAAAUCAGGAUUAAAAUGAUCCGGUUCUGGUUUCUGCUGCUGGUUCUGAUCCAGCUGAGUCAACAGAACCAAACCGGUGUUUCUCAAUGCGGGCCUCAGAACCUGACCGUCAGCCGAUCGGACCAGACGGUUCUGGUUGAGUGGCAAGACGACGCGUCCUGCUCGGCUCUGAACGACCCGAUUCUCUACAACGUGACGGUUCUGGUUGAGAACCAGGAAGUUCACUCGGACGGAGUCUGGGUGGCGCCGGGCCUCAUCGGGUCGACCCACUCCUGGAAGUGGACGUCUCCGCUGCCGAUGGACUGCGCUGCUCACACCUUCAGGCUGAGAGCCCAAAUCAACAACCAGACCAGCCGGCUGGACCAGGAACGGACUCUGCCGGACAAAAACACCUUCAGAGGAAACGUCUUCCCCCAGGACGCGCUGAUGGAGGCUGGCAGCUUGGCCACCUUCUGCUGCAUCGUCCCGGACGGUCAGUUCGACCAAAUGCAUCUGGAUGGACAAGGCAACAUCACCAAGAUCAGCGAGCAGAGAUACAGCCUGACUGUGCGGCUGGAACCCGUCAUGGAAGAUGUCCUCUGUAAAACCAAAUCAGGAACAGAGUACGGAGCUGCCGUUUACAUCGGCUACCCGCCGGGAGACAAAGACCUGGAGUGUGAAACUCGGGAUCUGGAGUCAGUGGAAUGCUUUUGGAACGAAGGAAGAGACACGAUGGUGAAAUUCAUGAAUCCGACAAGUUAUCAGCUGGAUGGAAGGUCAUGUGUCACCGGUUCGGAGUUUAGAUGCUCUAAAAAGGAAAGGAUUGGAGGCGGAGAGAGGAACUGGACUCUGACAGCUCAGAACGCUCUUGGAAAGGUGGAGCUGCACGACUCUGCAGAUCUGACCAGAAGAGUUCGCAUGUUUGCUCCACAUGAUCUCGCCGUUGGUGACGUUAAAGCCAGGAGUGUGAGGCUGAGCUGGAGCUGGACGGUGCAGCAGUACCACAACCUGAACCUGAGCUGCCAGACCAACGUCUCAGACGGAUCCAUCAAAUCGCAGAUCAGACAUGGAGUUGGACUGAAGACGGCAGUUUUAACUGAUCUGAGACCAAACUGGAAAUAUGAGGUGAAGGUUCGGUGUGGAACAGCUCAACAUUUCUGGAGGUGGAGCGACUGGAGCAGCGUUUCCUUCCACACUGAGGUGAUGGUGAUUCCUGAUGCUCUGGAUGUGUGGAUGCAGAAGAAGGGAAGCCAGACUGUGAUAGUGUGGAAGAAGCUUCUGGCCCAUCAGAGCCACGGAGACGUCACCGGAUAUGAAGUAACCUGGACCAGAACCAGCGGCUCGGAUCAGCUCCACAAGGAGGAAGUCAACGCCAGCGUUCAUGAGUUCACUUUGAACGGGGAGGGUCCUGUCGUCACGGUAACAGCGAAGAACCAGCAUGGCCGCUCCCCGCCGUCGACCGUCGCCGUCCCCGCCGCCGGUCCAGUUGAAACCAGUAUGAACCUGACCUGCUUCACUGGGAGUGAUGGGGGACUCGACCUGUCCUGGUUCCACCGUCCAGAAGCUAUCUGUGGCUACAUCGUGGACUGGUUUCCAGCAUUAGAGGGUGAUCCUGUUGACUGGGUAAAGCUGCCUCCCAGUCAGGACAGAGUCAGGAUAAAACCCAAGAACGACGCAGCUGGGCGCAGAUACUUGGUUUCCAUCUACGCCUGCACCAGCGGCGCUCCGCUGCUCCUGCAGAGGAUGGACGUCUUCUUCACAGAGAAACUUCCAGAAAGCCAACCGAAGCUCUUUCAGUCUCUGUUCUACACUCGGCACGGCUCUGAUGUGGAGAUCUACUGGGAUCCACUUCCUCUCAGAGAGCAGCCUGCUUGUAUCCAUGGAUACGUCCUGCUGUAUUACUCUGAAAACGGUGGUAAACGCAUCAGCGUGACCUCAGAAAACCCAGCGGACUCCAGGCUGACCGCCAGCAACCUGCAGAGCGGCUCCUACACCUUCAUCGUGGCGGCGCUGACCGCGGGCGGAGCAUACGGCAACACCACCUUGCAGGUUGUGUUGAACGACCAGGACGAUUUGAGCAACAUCUUCAUCUCCCUGGGCGCCGUUUUCAUCCUCCUCUUCCUCAUCACAGUCCUGGGCUACAGACACUGGGCCUGCAUCAAGGAGAAGUUUUACCCUGAGAUCCCGAAGCCCAACAUGGCCGACUGGUUCACUUCGCCUGUCAAGAGCGUUGACCCUUACCUUCAGUCAGGCCUGGGUUGCCAUGGCGAGGACAACAUGGCCGUCCCAGAGCUGAUCCUCAAACCUGCAGAGCCGCUGAACAACAACAACACCGACCAGGAAGACAUGGCUCUGAUUCCACCGGCUCCGCCCCUCUACAGGAACAACCCGGCCCUGCAGAGCCCCCGCGCCGCCUCCACCGUGUUCCCCAACCUGACGUACAACCUGCCGGCGCCGGGGCCGGAGUCAGGGCCAGAGUUGAGGCCGGCAGAGAGGCCAAGCAACUACCACCCCCAGACCAUGGCUGAGGUGUUUGGUCAGAACCGCGCCCAGAAACCCUUCAUCUGUGUUUCAGAGUACAUCUGGACGACCCAAUGAGCCAAACAUGAAGACUGAAUCAGGUGAAUCAAAUCUGAUCCAAACAUCAGAACUUCAAAAUAAAACCCCUGCAGUUUGUCACAGGAUG